AUGAUAAUGACCAACAUCAUAUACAUAUGCCUUAUUAAGAUGGCAAGUCUCAAUAAUUGUUUGGUGGAUGCAAAAACAUUGCAAAGUUUCAACAAUUUUGAAACUGAAGAGCAACUUACAAUCAUCAAUACUACAUAUGGCGAUACAUAUGCAUGUGUGGAUUUUUACAAACAACCAGCAAUUGACCAUCCGUCAAUGAAAAAUUACUCAAUCCGUUACAAAAUGCGUCUGACAUCAUCCCUAAGAAACUCAAAAAUAAAUAAUAAAAAGUUUGGUUACUUGUGGGAAAAUGGUAUAGGUUGUCUCAUUGGUACUAUACCUAUAAAGAGAGCCACCAAAAAUGAAUUAGUAAAAUUAGAUUUGUUCUCUGAAACAUAUAGGCCUCAAGGUUCUUGGAACUUUAAUGAUAUUCAAUCCAAAGUUCAUAGUGACCAACAUCAUUUUGCGGUGUCUCGUACCAAAGAAGAACAAGGGAAAUCCUACACCGGAGCAUCAAUGAUGCUUUCUGUAAAUGAUCCCAGGGCAGGUGAAAAUCAAUGUUAUAAUAACAUGUGUUCAGGUGGGAUCAUAACCGUUCGUUCAGAUAUUCCCCUUGGUCAUGUUCUCGCUCCUCCUGGUAUUCGUGGUUCAAACACUUUCAUAAGUAGAUAUGCCUUACAUAAGGCUUCACAAAUCGUUAUCUAA